ACUCCUACAUUCCUCAAUGAUAUGGCAAGCCCAUCGGUUGCUAACAAUUUUGAUGAGCAUCCAUUAUCUAGCACAAUGGAUAGCUCAUCCAAAGAUAGCUCGGAAUUCUCACAAGCAAAUGACAAUGUUCCUGCAAUACCGGACACAGCCAUCAGCAUAAAAACGAGUGAUUUAAUUUCUUGGUCGUUGCAAAUAGCUCGAGGGAUGGAAUUCUUGGCCAGCAAAAAGGUGACGGGCGCAAUUUGCUAGAUUAGAUUUCAUCUAAAUUCCCCGAUCCCUUAUACAGGUUCUACAUGGCGAUUUGGCCGCCCGCAAUGUUCUUUUGGCCAAUCACGGAGUCGUCAAGGUAUCCGAUUUCGGUUUGUCGAGAAAAAUGAAAGAUUAUAUUUACGAGAAGAAGGAAGGGGAGCUGUUGCCAGUCAAGUGGAUGGCAAUCGAAUCCCUGACUGAUCACAUUUUUUCCAGCCAAUCGGAUGUCUGGUCUUACGGGAUUCUAUUGUGGGAAUUCUUUUCCCUCGGCAAAGUUCCCUAUCCAGGCAUGAAUGGCAGAGUCCUUAUUGAAGAUUUACGAAAUGGAUAUCGCAUGAAACAGCCGAAAUAUUCGCCCAAUGUCUUUGGAGAACUGAUGAGAAACUGCUGGCAAAAGCACCCGAAAGAAAGGCCAACGUUCUCUCAGAUGGCCGAGAAAAUAGAAAAAUACAUCGAGUUGUUGACGAUCUCAGACUAUUUGGACAUGAAUGAACCGUGCGAAAACGUUCUGGCCAAAGAGAUCGACGACCCAUCCCCGACUUAUCAUUUGGAAAUUGUGAAAAUGCAAAGCAACAAAUCGCUGUAAGAACAAACAGACGUUGCUGUGAGCAGAGAUACGUGAAAUCGCUGAAUCUUCAAUUGGAAUACAAUGAACUAACAAUCUACACAAGAUAAUUCGAUACCCAAAUAAAAUAAAUCACUUCGUGAAAUUAAUAAAUAUUUUCAAAAUAAUGUGGCGAUUUCAUAAUCUCUAUCGUAUUUUUCUGUAGUUUAAAGUGAAAGUGUCUGUUCGGCACAGCUCAG